AGAAAUACCAGAAAGUCCAGUUGCCUAUUGAAAAAAAGCACCUUUGGGACAACCAUGACUUGGAUGACUGAGAAUCUCCAUAGAUAGAAACUUGGGAUCAUCCUAAAUUCCACUCCUAAAUAAUUUCCCUGUCCCACAAUCUCCCAAUAUUCUACCGACAAAAUAUAGUCACUUUGCCACCAAAUUCCAGGGAUUUUUAAAGAUUGGAAAUGGGAACAGUAAACUUCCUAGAAGAUUACCAGCUCAUUCCUACUCAUACAACCUCCAGCCCGCCAAAUAGGCCAGAAUUAAGCAAAACAAGGCCAAAAAGAGAGAGAGAGAGAGAGAGAGAGAGAGAGAGAGAGAACUAAUUUACUCUAAUGGUUAAGACACCAGCUACAAAACAAGAGAUCCCGAGUUCUAGUCCCGCCUUAGCCAUGAAAGCCAGCAAGUUUGGAGCCAGUAAGUCUCUCUCAGCCCAAUCCACCUCACAGGACUGUUGUGAGAGUGGGGGAAUAGGAGGAGGAAAGAGUAUCGUGUGUGUUUGCCAUUUGGAAGUUGUUUGUAAAAAUAAUAAAGGGGUACAAAAAAAACACGUUGUAACCUUACAGAGACAUCACUAUCUUUCUUCCUGUUCAUCCUCCAGGAUGUUCAGGGUGGGAGUUAUGCUCCCCAAUUUUGGGGAAAUUUAUAACUGUUUAAUGAAGCUCUCUUACUUGUCUGCUUUUCUCUGUUCCCACUCAAAGACUCCUACAAAAAUGCUGUCCCUGUGAGAUUGAAAGAGGAUGAAAUCUCUCUGCUGCUUUACAGGAUGUCUUUGGGGCUGGAUCUAGAAUUUUUUUAGCUCAGCCCCAUCUGGCUGGUUGAGCUUCAACUGAAUGUACUUGGAGAUCUGUAAAGACAGAAGCCAGCUCCCAUAAAUGGAGAGGCCUUUUCAAACUGGAAAAAAAUGAAACACCUAAAUGUUUAGGGACGAGCAUGUCAUUCAGCUGGUGCCUGAAGUGCCAGUAUCUGUUGACAGAUUUCUAAAUUGUGAACAGUUGGUUUUACAUCCAAUUUUUGGCUUGCGUACUCUGACCCUGAAGCAGGAAGCUGAAAUUUAGCUGAGAGAAACCUCAGUUUUUUAAAACAGGACUGACUUUCUGAAGGUUCUAUAAGUUGCAAAUAUUCACAACUUUAGAUGUUUGGCGCUGCUCUUCUCUUCUCUUUGGGCUUGCAGGUGUAAGGGAGUUUUCUUUCUUAUCCUCAUUGGAUCACUGUGCCACUUGCUCAAAAUCUCACCGUCGUGUGUAAUUCGUUGCAAAUUUUAGAAGGUCCUAUUUUUUUUUUAUUAAAUAUAUCUUGCUUGUUCUGAUGCUGUCUGUCCUCCAGGAAAGGUUUUCCCAUCUUUUUUCCUUGUUGAAAUCUAAGAAAAGCUUGCAUGAAGAGCUCAUGAACAGUCUAAAGCAGGGGUCCCCAACCAGAAGCAUGCCAGAAACUGGGCCAUGCAAACAAGUGAAGCCCCAUCCGCGAGAUGCAGGCAACAUGCAAAACCACGUUCCCUCCGGUCCACAGAAAAACCUCUCCACGGAACCGAUCCCUGGUGCCCAAAAAGUUGGGGGCUGGUAGUCUGAGGUAAAACUUGCAGUUCAGGAGGAUUUGAACUGAGGCCAGUGCGUGGUCCAGAAGGCAGCAUCCUCUGGAAAGAUGGCUGAAGCAGAAGAAGGAGAGGUUGGCGUGGAAGUGAAGCUAGAAGAGGAGGAAGAAGAUGAAGAGCCUGGCUACAUCCAAACUGGGCGGCGGUACAGGUGCCUGACCUGUAGCAAGACUUUCCCUAGCGUGCCACGGGUGUUGCGUCAUUUAAAGUCCCACGUGGCUGGUACUGUGGAUGGUGUAGCUGCCAAACUCGCUUGUCCUAAUUGCAGGAAAGAGUUUCCUGACCGGGCUCAACUUCGCAAGCACCAGCUCAGCCACCAAACAGAGCGCCCGUACCAAUGCCAGCUUUGUGCCAAGUCUUACAAAACCGCCCCCGAGCUGCGGAACCACGGGCGUAGCCACAGUGGCGAGAAACCCUUCGUUUGCCACGAGUGCGGCAAAGCGUUCAUGCAGCCCGUUUGCCUGCGAGUCCACAUGGCCCGGCACACCGGAGACCUGCCCUUCCGCUGCCAGCAGUGCCACAAGGGCUACGGCACUCUUUCCAAGCUGAAGAUCCACCAGCGUUCUCAUACAGGCGAGAAGCCAUACUCCUGCGGUGAAUGCAGCAAGCGCUUCGCCGACCCCUCGGUGUUCCGGAAGCACCGCCGGACCCACGCUGGUCUCCGCCCCUACCAGUGUGAGGUGUGCCGCAAGACAUACGCUGAGUUGAAGGAUCUCAAGAAUCACGAGCGCUCCCACACUGGCGAACGCCCCUUCUUGUGUCAGGAUUGUGGAAAGGCCUUUUCCCGGUCCUCAUCGCUGGCCUGCCACCAGCGCAUCCAUGCGGCCCACAAGCCCUACCGUUGCAACCUCUGUGGGAAAGGCUUCACCCAGCUGUCCUCCUUCCAGAGCCACCAGAGGACCCACUCUGGCGAGAAGCCUUUUCUCUGCCCGCAGUGCGGACGCAUGUUCAGCGACCCCUCCAGCUUCCGCAGACAUCAGAGAGCCCACCAGGGCCUCAAGCCCUAUGCCUGCGACAAGUGUGGGAAGGCUUUCCGCCAACCAGCCGACCUGGCCAUGCACCAGCGCAUCCACACCGGCGAGAGGCCCCAUAAGUGCUCGCAGUGUGACAAGAGUUUCGUGGCUUCAUGGGACCUCAAGCGCCAUCUGCUGGUGCACUCCGGCCAGCGCCCUCACCAAUGUGGGGAGUGUGGCAAGAGCUUUGCUGAGCGGGCCAGCCUGACCAAACACUACCGUGUUCACUCAGGCGAGCGGCCAUUCAAGUGUGGCCGCUGCGGCAAAGCCUUUGUGGUGUCGUCCAGCCUCCGGAAGCACGAACGCACCCACAGCAAUGAGAACAGCGAGGACAAGGCCACCCCCGCAGGCAACCAGGACCCAAUCCUCAGUGACCCAUCAGCCAUUGUGGUCGCCACCGUGGUGCCCGCCUGUGGGGAGUGUGGGGAGGUCUUUGCCUCAACUCAGGAACUACGGCGCCACGAACGCCUGCUGCAUCCUGGCCUGCGCCCAUUUACGUGUCGAGAAUGCGGCAAAGGCUUCUCAGACCGGGCUGGCCUGCGUAAACACGAGCGAAUCCACUCAGGAGUCCGUCCCCACGCCUGUCCCCACUGCUCUAAAGCCUUCCUGGGUGCCUCAGACCUACGCAAGCACCUCAAGACCCAUGUGGCUCUAGAGAACAGGAGCACCGAGGAUACCAUGGUGACUGCCACCAUCAUGACCUACGAAUCCCUCCUUCCUGCUCAUCUCCAUCCCCAUGACGACGGGACAGAAACUGACAAGGACUCUCCCUCGGACUGCCUGCCUGACCCCCUCACGGAACCCUCGUAAGCUCCGCCUCCCUCCCGCCUUUGCCCUGCCUGCGAUUGGACGAAAAGAAGCCAGCUCAGUUGCUUAAAAGCUCUUUGUGUACUUUGAUGAUUGCCCAGUCUUGCCAUGUGGAUGUGAUAUGUGGACCGCACUCUUUCAGGGCCCUCCUGUCCAGCAUGGCUCUCCAGCAUUUCUUUCCAAGUAGGGCUUGAUGUGCUUCAUCAUUGGCUGUGUGUGGCUGCCUUUCCUCCCACUCUCCAUUGUUGCCCACACCAGUUGUUCACUUGCCUGCCUGGUGGGGAAUUAAAUGUGCCUGGUGUGUGUGUGUGUGUGUGUGUGUGUGUGUGUGUGUGUGUGAGAGAGAGAGAGAGAGAGAGAGGUCUGCGUGUGGGGAGUUGUGUUUUUAUUGUUUGCAGGGUGAUGCACAUUCAUUUUAUGAGAUGUUUCUGCAACCAUUGUGAACUGCUGUUGUGGUUUUUUUUAAAAAAAAGAAAACGAAAAUAAGCUCCAGGACUUUUUUAAGAGCAAGAAGAAUUAAAUUGAGAAAAUUUAAGGGAGGAAGCAAAGAACAAUGACCUUUUCUUCCUGGAGAGUUUUAUAAAUUAUCCGAGGGUUUCCUUGCUUGUAAGAAAAGAUUAAAAUAAAUGGCUUGCUUUUUUUAAAAAAGGGGAAAAUUGAGUUGGAUUGCAUGUGGGAGGUGCAAAGUUUUUAGUGUGGGGGACACAAUCCUUAUAUUAUCCUUAUCUCACCUAUAGAAAUUUAUCUUGCUUAUUGAAUUUUAUUUCAAGUUUUAUUUUAUUCCUGUAUUUAUUAUAUCUAUUUACCAUUGCUAUCAAAAGCCUCUCAGCAAUAAAGGGUUUUUGACUGCC